AUGGCAUCUAUGUACAUAGAAUUAAAAUGGAAAAUGAACAAGUCUCCAUAUGUUUAUAUAAUUUCAUGGCAAGGAUGUCUUAUUAAUGGUCUUCUAAUACGAUUAUGUUCUAAAAGGAUAUACAAAACAUUUGUGUAUAUGUAUCGUUCAAGAGCAGAAGAGAGCUCCAACAUGUGGUGGCUUAAGAAAUCCAUUAAUUUCCAUCUUCUCAUCAUCUGUCUGUUGAUGGUUUUUUUGUUGCUAGAUGGGGUGAUGGUGACUCAGACUCUAAACAACAUCACCACCCCUGUUAAACUCGGUGUGGUUCUUGACUUGGAUUCCUUGGUUGGGAAGAUCGGGUUGAGUUGCAUCAACAUGGCUCUCUCAGACUUUUAUGCCACUCAUCCUCACUAUAAAACCAGGGUGGUCUUCACCACCAAGGACUCCAAGGAAGACGUUGUUUCGGCCGCAGCUGCUGCUCUGGACUUGAUACGAAACGUACAAGUGCAAGCAAUCAUAGGGCCAAGAAGUUCCAUGCAGGCCAACUUUGUUAUCAAUCUUGGAAACAAAUCUCAGGUUCCCAUUGUAUCAUUCUCUGCAACAAGUCCUUCUCUGACUUCCCUUCAGAGUUCAUACUUUUUUCUAGCUGCACAAAGCAGCUCAUUUCAAGUGAAAGCGAUAAGUGCCAUUGUCCAGGCUUUUGAAUGGGGAGAAGCUGUACCCAUCUACAUAGACAACCAGUUUGGAGAGAGCCUCAUACCAUACUUGACGGAUGCCUUACAGGGGAUCAACAUUCGCGUCCCUUAUCUGAGUGUCAUUCCUGCGUCAGCUACAGAUGACCAAAUUGCUGAAGAACUUUACAAGCUAAUGACCAUGCAAACAAGAGUGUUCAUUGUGCACAUGACAAUGCCUCUUGGCUCUCAGGUUUUGGCCAAAGCAAAAGAGAUUGGAAUGAUGAGUGAAGGGUAUGUUUGGAUCAUGACUGAUUCCAUGACUACUUGGUGGAGAUCGAUAGAUGCCUCAGCCGUUGAUUCCUUGCAAGGGGUUUUAGGUGUAAGGUCUUAUGUUCCCACAUCAGAAAAGCUUGAAAGUUUUGAGGUUCGCUGGAAAAGGAAAUUCCAGCAAGACAAUCCUAAUGCUACUAAUGCUGAAUUGAACAUGCUUGGACUAUGGGCUUAUGAUGCAACUUUUGCACUGGCAAUGGCAAUCGAGAAAGCUGGCACUGCGAACCUCCGCUUCAAUAAAACAAAUAUUUCCAGCAGUGGAGCUACAGACCUUGAAACAUUGGGAGUCUCACAAAACGGUCCGCGACUUAUCCAAGAACUAUCAAACACUAAAUUCAGAGGUCUUUCAGGAGAUUUUCAUUUUGUUAAUGGACAGUUACAACCAUCAGUGCUUCAGAUAGUUAACGUAAAUGGAAAUGGGGAAAGAAGGGUAGGAUUUUGGACAACCAAAAAUGGACUUGUAAGAAAAUUGGAUUUGACAAACAUAAGCACAAAUUCUACUUCUAAGCCAAAACUUGGACCCAUUAUAUGGCCAGGGGAUACUACCAUGGUUCCCAGAGGUUGGGAGAUCCCAACAAAUGGGAAGAAAUUGAGAAUUGGGGUUCCCGUAAAGGAUGGUUUUACUGAAUUUCUUGAGGUAGUGUGGGAUCCUAUCUCUCAGAAAGCAAUAUCAAUUAAAGGGUACUGCAUUGAUGUUUUCGAUGCAGUAAUGGCUAAAAUGCCUUAUGCCGUUCCUUAUGAGUAUGUUCCAUUCGCAACGCCUGAAGGAAAAUCUGCUGGUUCUUACAAUGACUUAAUGGAUCAAGUGUACUAUGGGAAUUAUGACGCUGUGGUCGGAGAUACAACUAUUGUAGCAAACAGGUCAUUGUUUGUGGACUUCACAUUGCCAUACACGGAAUCUGGUGUGUCCAUGGUCGUCCCAAUUAGGGGCAACAAGAAGAAGAAUGCAUGGGUUUUUUUGAAGCCUUUGACAUGGGACCUCUGGGUAACGAGCGGUUGCUUCUUCGUCUUCAUCGGAUUUGUCGUUUGGAUUCUCGAACAUAGAAUAAACGAAGAUUUCCGUGGACCCCCUGCACAUCAAGUCGGCACCAGCUUCUGGUUCUCCUUCUCAACCAUGGUGUUUGCCCAUCGGGAGACAGUGGUGAGCAAUUUGGCUAGAUUUGUGGUAAUCAUAUGGUGCUUCGUCGUUCUCGUUCUCACCCAAAGUUACACGGCUAGUUUAACGUCACUUUUAACAGUAGAGCAGCUCCAGCCCACCGUAACUGAUAUAAAUGAGCUCUUGAAGAGAAGGGAGAGUGUUGGUUUGCCGGAUGGCUCGUUCGUUGAGGGGAUCUUGUUGGGGUUGAAAUUCGAUAAAUUCCAGCUCAAGAAAUACAAGUCUCCAGAAGAACUUUAUGAACUUUUUGCCAAGGGAAGUACCAAUGGCGGUAUUUCUGCUGCUCUGGAUGAAGUUCCUUAUAUUAACCUAUUUCUUGCAAAACACUGUGGCAAAUAUACUAAAUUAGAAACAACAUUUAGAACCGAUGGCUUUGGCUUCGUCUUCCCUAAAGGUUCCCCUCUUGUAGCAGAUGUUUCAAGGGCAAUCUUAAAUGUUACUCAACGUGACAAAAUGGAACAAAUUCAAAACUCAUGGCUCAAGAACGAAAUUGUUUGUCCUGACUUCGACCCCUCUGUUUCUUCAAAAAGUCUUGGUCUUGAGAGCUUUUGGGGCCUGUUCCUCAUUGCUGGGUCUGCAUCCAUAUCAGCGCUCAUCAUUUUUGCAGCAAUGUUCUUAUAUGACCAAAGACAUGUCUUGUUUCAGUUCCAUUCUGAAACUUCAAUGUGGAAAAGAAUUCGAAUUAUUUCAGGAAUCUUUGACCAGAAAGACCUGAGCUCCCAUACUUUUAGAAAAAAUGAACUCAGGGAUGCAAGCAGCACCUGUAGUGUUCACAGUAUAGGUGUUGUUGGAAGCUCCCCGAACACUAACUGCCCGCCAAGUCCAUCAAGCUUGUCAAACCGGAGAGACUCUUUAGACUUUGUUUUCAUUGUAAAACGAGGAAGCAUUACUAUGCAAAAUGAUGUGACUCCAACAAGUUCAACAUCUUCAGAUAUAUUCCCAUCACCAAAAAGAUCUUUUACUGAACUUGCUAAUUAUAGGCAUGACCCAUGA